GUUGCCUAUUCCAAACUAUCCGAACUAUGACCAGGUAUUGAACAUCUAAUACAACUAUAGCACCCCAUACUUAGAUGUAUAAUGUCACUUGCAUUCCCGGCAACCUAACUCCAGCUUUUCUCACCCGCAAUCGUACUUAGCGGGACAGUCAACUAAUCGACAACAUCUCACGACAUACGCAGUAGAGAUGUUGUCUGUCGCUCGUUUUCACUUAUUAUGGCUCGCUCCGGCAGUCGUACUAGGAGCUCUGGAAGUGGAUUUAGAUUCCGAAGACUCUAUAAAGGCAGCGGCGAAAGAGGUCGCAUAUGACUUGAUGAAAUACUACCAUGGCAAUGAAUCGGGUCAGAUACCAGGUGUCCUGCCAGGACCGCCACCAGCCGGCGACUACUACUGGUGGCAAGGUGGCGCGCUUUGGGGUACGAUGAUGGACUACUGGCAUUACACGGGGGACGAGACGUACAACGACGUGACAUUCGAGGCGAUGCAGUUCCAAGUAGGCGAGAAUAAGGACUACGAACCGACAAACUGGACGCUUUCCCUUGGUAACGAUGACCAAUCCUUCUGGGGUAUGUCGGCGAUGCUUGGAGCCGAAAUCAACUUCCGCGAUCCGCCAGAAGGGAAGCCUGGGUGGCUUUACUUAGCGCAAGCCGUUUGGAACACGCAGGCAGCGCCGGAUCGCCACGAUGACACUUGUGGUGGCGGGUUAAGGUGGCAAAUCUUCCCGGGAAACAAUGGCUACGAUUACAAGAACACCAUUGCAAACGGGUGCUUCUUCAAUAUGGGUGCCCGUCUAGCACGGUAUACGCAUAACGAUACGUACGCGCAGUGGGCGAUUAAGACGUGGGAUUGGAUUAUGGACAUGCACUAUAUCGACGAUAAGUGGAAUGUGUACGACGGCGGUCACAUACCAGCAAAUUGUACCGACAUCAACAAGCAGCAAUAUUCAUACAACGCGGCGGUCCUAUUGUUAGGCGCUGCUUACAUGUACGACUACUCCAAUCAGAGCAAAGAGUGGGAGGACCGCGUCAACGGGCUACUCGACGGAAUGGAACGAGUCUUUUUCAUAAACGGAACAUUAUAUGAGCCCAGUUGCGAGGGUGGGAUCUGUAAAGCCGAUAUGUUGAGUUACAAGGGCUACGUACAUCGAUGGCUAGCGGCAGCUACACAGGUAGCGCCAUUCUGCAAGGAUCGCGUCUUGAAACUGUUACGAUCUUCAGCCGAAGCCGCCGUCAAGCAAUGUACGGGAGGCGACAAUGGGCGGCAGUGUGGAUUUCACUGGACCACCCGCGUAUACGAUGGACAAACCGGUGCUGGCCAGCAGAUGGAUGUUCUUGGCGCAUUGUGUAGUUUGCUCACUGCGAAUGCUAAGGCCCCCGUAACUAACAGUACGGGAGGUACUAGUGUUGGUGACCCUAACGCCGGAUCCCGUACGACGUCUCUUCCAGAGAACGCUGAAAUUACGACAGGAGAUCGCGCCGGUGCGGGUAUCUUGACUGCGUUUAUACUUGCCACGACGAUUGGAGGGGCCGUGUGGAUGGGUUGGGACUGAUUUGAUCUACCUAUCUAGGCGCUUGGGUGUUUACGUGAUUCGUUGCAUUAGAUUUGUUUCAUUUCGGAGUUUCUUAUGUCUCGGAGAGCGGAGCGCCAUUUUGCAUAGCCAUAUAUCGCGUUGACUUGGGUCGCGAGAACGAGAAAAAGGAAUAAAACCUUCACAAUAUCAAAGGCAGGUUGGAAUUCGGCGUCUACUUUCUUCAGUUCUUGGUACGAGUCGGACUUAUCUUCUUGCUACAAGCGACCGAGUUCGUGUACUUAUACGUGUACAUAUUCUUAGACAAUCGUAUUGGCAUCU